UCUCUAAACCCUGCCUCGGAGCGGCUCGGAACAAUGGCUUGGCAGCCUAUGGAGAUCAACCCUGAGAUGCUGAACAAAGUGCUCUCCCGCCUAGGAGUGAGGCCAGGCUGGCGAUUCGUGGAUGUGUUAGGGUUUGAGGAAGACUCCUUGAACACCGUGCCCAGCCCGGCUUGUGCGUUGCUGUUGCUCUUCCCUCUUACUGCUCAGCAUGAGAAUUUCAGGAAAAAGCAGAUUGGAGAAGUGAAGGGUCAAGAAGUCAGCUCCAAAGUCUACUUCCUGAAGCAAAUGGCCAGCAAUUCGUGCGGCACAAUUGGCCUUAUACACGCGGUGGCCAACAAUCAAGAUAAAAUAUCAUUUGAUGAAGGCUCUGCCCUAAAGGAGUUCCUCAAAGCAACAGCAAAUCUGUCUCCAGAUGAGAGGGCAAAACGACUUGAGAACAACAAGGCCAUUCAAGAAGCCCACAAUGCGGUAGCACAAGAAGGCCAGUGUCGGGUUGAAGAUGAUAAAGUGAACUUCCAUUUCAUUCUCUUUGCCACCGUGGAUGGCCACCUCUAUGAACUGGAUGGACGACUGCCCUUCCCCAUAAACCAUGGCGCUAGUUCGGAUGAUACCGUGUUGAAGGCCUCUGCUAAGAUCUGCCGGCAGUUCACAGAGCGCGAGCAAGGAGAGGUCCGUUUUUCUGCUGUAGCCUUGUGCAAGUCUGCCUGAAGAAACUGAGAAGAAAACACCCUGUAGCCUAACACGGAGGGCAUAUAGAAGCUUUAGUACUUGUCCUAAAACAACUGUUCUCGGUCCAGUU